CCUGAGGCACAUGAGAGACCCCAAGGAGGCCACCGUGGAUGUCAACGAUGAGACCGGGGCCGACGGAUUCACGGGGGACAACUCCACCACAGCUGAGGAGGAGGAGGAGGAGGAGGAGGAGGAGGAGGAGGAGGAGGAGGAGGAGGAGGAGGAGGAGGAGGAGGAGGAGGAGGAGGAGGAGGAGGAGGAGGAGGAGGAGGAUGAGGAGGACGAGGAUGAGGAGGGAGAAGAGAGUGCACGUGGACGACAUGACGACUGUAGAACAUGGUAGACGAGGCUAAGCUUAUAGAAAUUG